AUGAAUAAUAUUCAUUAAUAUGAUAGAUCAUUGUUAACAGUUGAUAUUGUAGGUGCAUAACCAAAAUAAAAGAGUUCUUAUUUAGAUAAAAUCAUCGCACAUGAUAUUCGUUAUAAUAAUCCAACUAAAUUAUAGUAUAUACAAUCUUUGAACAUUAUUUAGAUAUACAAUUCCUAAAUAAGAUCCUCAAUAUGGUCGCAGAAGAUAUUAACAUGAUUUCCAUCAUUUUUGUAAUAGUUGUGUUCCUUAAGGAGAAAACUAUUUUGAUGGAUCUCAUAAGAAACAUUACAACCUACAUGAAGGUGAAAUCAAAUAAUACAGAGCUUUAGAGAAUUAUUAUGAUUAACCAAAGUAUUAUGACUUAAUAUUAGGAAAUCUCUAAGAGGAUAGAAUACUCGCUACUAAAGAUAUAGAAGGAGCUAUACCUGGAACUUAUACUAGUAAAAUUGUAAGAAAUUAAGAGAAAGCUUAAAAAUUCAGACAAGAAAGAGACUAACUAAGAGCAUAAAAUAAUAAAGCACUUUAUCUAUCUUAAUUGGAAUCCAAAAUUGAUAAUCAAUCUGAAAUUGAUAAGCAACCUUAAAGGAAUAAAUCAUAUUCUAUCUAACCUACUCCUUAAAAUUAAACAUUUGAAAACAAAAACACUGAAUUGCAUUAACCUAAAUAUGAAUAUAUGAAUAAACCUUUAAAACUUCCACCUAUUCUAGAUAGAGAAACUCCUGUCAUCAAUCCAAUAUCGAAUAAAUUAUAAUUAAGAUAAAAUUAUAAGAAUUAUCUUCUAGAAGAUUAUGAUAAAACUAUAUCAAUCCUAUAGUAAAAUUAACCUAUGAGAUUAUUUGUAUGA